AUGCUGGGUAGGGUCGCUGCGAAGCGUCUUCUGGAGAUGCGUCAAGUUUUCAGUAAACAACCCUCUCAGGCGUCUCGUAGCUUUUCAACUGCCUUAAACUACCACCUGGAUUCUCCUGAUAACAAAAAGAAUUUUCCAUGGGAGUUCUCAGAGGCUAACAAAUCCAAGGUCGCUAAAGUUUUAGAAGUUGCUCCUAUCCGUGUUUAUGAGGUUGCAACGUGUUACUCCAUGUUCAACAGGGCAAAGGUUGGAAAGUACCACCUGCUUGUUUGUGGCACAACACCUUGCAUGAUCCGUGGUUUGAGAGAUAUCGAAUCAGCCUUGCUAGAAGAUUUGGGAGUGAAACGUGGUGUGCAGAAGUCACAAAGGAUGGUUUGUUCUCUGUUGGAGAGAUAUGCAUGGGAUGCUGUGUGUUUAGGGUCGGCCCAACCCAGCAGGGGGCCCUAUUCCAAUUUGAAAAAUGGAUCCUUUUCCCUUUAUAAUUUUUUUUUAAGCCUAAAAAGAUCAAAAAAAAUUUUGGGCCCUAAGCAGUGGCUUAUUUGGCCUUUCCCUGGGCCGGGCCUAUGUGUGUUAAUGCGCUCAUGAUCAUUGUGGCAGAUUAUUCCAAUGGAUCAGAAGGAUAUGUCAAAUAACUUUCCUUUUCUUCUGCAUUGUUUUCCGGAAUAAAAUCGUAUUCACACUAUUUUUUAUUGGUACACUUCACAGGAAGACGUUACACCUGAGAAUAGGCCUGGGCGUUUGGUGGUUCAAUAGGUUUCGGUUCGGUUGAUUUGGAUUUUCGGAUUUUCG